UAUAUUUAAACUUUUAUCUGCAGACUAUAUUUAAGCAAAAAAGUCGUUUGAAUGUUUAAAACGUCCGUAUAAAAUACAUCAAGGUUCUUAAAUAUAUAUGGCAAGCUUUUAUCAUUUAUGUUAAGGUUUUUAUGAGUCUUUUUGCUUUACUCGCGUCGAAGCGCCUGAAAAGAAUAAAUCCACUUUACUAUUCGCUUGAAAACAAUAUAUCUUGCUCAUCUUAUAUUCACAGGCGCACUUAAGCUCCCCUCUCGUAUGUUACAGAAUGAUAUAUUGGACAUAAUGGUUGACGCCACACCAUCACAUAAUCUUACACUUGGAUUUCCCCCUUGCGCGCGCAUUCUAUAAUAUAAACAGGCCCUUAGCAUAGUAGGUAUCGUGGAAACUUUCAUUCAAAACACGCGGGACUCGGUAGUCACGACAGAGAUCGCUUCGCGGACAAACGCCGCGAUUAUUAAGGCAUGAUUUUUUUUCGUGUAACAUAAAUAAAGUAAAUAAAAAUGUGGGUAGACGUAACUGCGCGGGAAAAACAAAAUUAUACUACACAAACUAAUGGAUCAUUUAUACCCGGGUACACAGGGCACUGUCCCAUGCUGAAGUUUCGCUUCGGCAAAUGCUACGGAGACAACACACGCCAGAUUCUCAGAGAGAUCCGAUCCAAAGGACUUUUCAAUAAGCCACUAGAAUACCGUCCACGGGACAACUACGAGUUGGAUCACCCUCGCAACAAUGCACCACAGCGAGACGUUUACGACGGCCUGAGAAACAGACCCACAGCACACAUGACCGGUUACACGGGAUAUGUACCAGGGAUGAACUUUAGUUACGGAAAGUCAUAUGGACGGACAGCAGACGACUGCAUGGCAAACUUCACGGACAGACAACGCGAUCUCAGACGAAAAGCGGAUUUAAAUAGAAGCUACGUGCGAUCAAGAAGCGCGCCUAAAAUGGAAACAGUACACUCGCGAGACGAAAUCCGGCGCGAUCUGAACAGAUUUAGAGAAAUCAAUAAGUAUAAAGAAAACACAAUAUCCCCGGAAUUCCCACCAAUAGCGGGCUACACAGGCCACAUACCGCGUAUCAAAGGUUCCGAAGCAUCUCUUAGCCAACGAUACCAUUGUGCAGCGAAACGAGGACUAGAGCUCAUCAAAAUUGAGCGAGAAAAGCGAAAGGAAAUCCACAACGCCGACACCAAUAUCAGAGCUAUCUUGAAAGAUAACGGCAAAAAGUAUUCAUAUUGGAACUGGGGAUAGCAUACAGGCAGAAGGAUGUUCUUCACCAAGAGACGGUGAACAUUCUUCUAUAAAACGGAACGAACAGUAUUUUCUUAGGUAGACGGAGAGGAAUCAGUCAGUAUACUAGAUUUGUAUUUUCAUGUCAGUCAUAUUCAUCGGCCUAUUUAUGAGCGCGAGUUUAAAUAUAUAUUUUGUUAGUCCGUUUGUUUGUUAGUGAAUAGGUAUUGAAUGUUAAAUUUCGCUGUACUUUGUUGUGUGAGAAUUCCUGAGAAAAUGUGAUAUGUUUUAGAUUCAACAUUUCGAACUCAUAGUCGACGGAAUAAUCGUUUCUUCAACCGCAUACCAUUCAUGCACAAAUAGAAAAA